GGAAUGUCGCAGGGGAGAGGCUGGACUUGCAACAGCUCUGCCCUUCGAAAGAAUCCCAGGAGUAAAUGAAAGCUGUGUUUUGAAACACGGGGAUAAAAAGGUGGAGCCGAACACAAUCGGGUCACGCCGAACAGACGAACGCACGCAGCUCCAGCCCAGCCGUCUAGAGCCGAACCGAGCCGAACGCAGCCGGGCAGAGCCGAUUGAACCCGAACCGAACCGGGCAUAGCCGAUUGGAGCCGAGAGCCCCGGGACCCCCCGCGCUGCUGCAUGGCCGGGAAGAAGCUGAUCGUGGUGUUCGGGGCCACCGGGGCUCAGGGGGGCAGCGUGGCCCGGGCGCUGCUGGACGAUGGGAGCUUCAAGGUGCGCGCUGUGACCCGGAGCCCCAGGAAGAAGGAGGCCGCGGAGCUGAGGCGCAGGGGAGCCGAGGUGGUGAAGGCAGAUCAGGACGAUGAGUCAUCGCUGGAGCGGUCCUUGGCGGGUGCCUACGGAGCCUUUAUUGUCACCAACUUCUGGGAACACUGCAGCAAGGAGAAGGAAAUCGAGCAGGGGCGGCGUCUGGCUGAGCUGUCCAAGCGCCAGGGCCUGCACCACGUCGUGUUCAGCGGCCUGGAGAAUGUGCACCAGCUGACAGGGGGCCGGCUGGAGGUGCUGCACUUCGAUGGCAAAGGCAUCGUGGAGGAGCACUUCCAGAAAAUUGGGGUUCCCACCACCAUCAUCCGCCUGCCCUUCUACUUUGAGAACUUCCUCUCCAUCUUCAAGCCGCAGAAGGCCCCAGAGGGAGGAGACACCUUUGUCCUGGAGCUGCCCAUGGGGGACACCCCCAUGGAUGGGAUGGCUGUGGAGGACCUUGGGCCCGUUGUACUUUGCCUGCUGAAGUCCCCAGGGGAGUACAUUGGCCAAGUGAUCGGACUCAGCACGGGCAAGCUCACCGAGGCAGAAUACGCUGCCAUCCUCUCCCAGCAGACGGGCAAGACUGUGACAGCCAGCAAGAUCUCCCCUGAGGAGUAUGAGAAGCAGGAUUGCCCUGGGGCCAAGGAGUUGGCUGCCAUGUUCCGUUUCUAUGCCCUAAAGCCAGACCGCAACGUGGCCCUGACCAUGAAGCUCAACCCCAAGGCCCGCACCUUCCAGCAGUGGCUGGGGGACAACAAGAAUGCCUUCUGAGCCUCCCCUCCCUCCUCUGCCUCCCUGGUUUCUGCACAGGUAGGGGGACCUGGCUGAGGAGGUGAGGUGCCCUGAGCCAUGCUGCCUUCCCAGCAGUGCCUCAGGGAGAGGCUGAUCCUGCCCCAGCUGGGGAGAGCUCAGCCCCCUUGCUGGUCCAUGUCUGUGCUCCUGCAGUGUGGUUGGGACUAUUUAGGCAGCUACAACAAGAGGAAGGGCUGGA